CGCCCACCUCCUCGGAGGAGGACAAAAAGAAGAAGGAUGGUGUCCGGUUAACGUCAUUGUUGUCAGACGACCCCUUCACGUCUGCGAGGGAAGUCACCGCAGCUUGAGAGGGUGACACGUUAUAAACGUGUUUUGUUUGUUGUUUUUGAAAAAAAUAACAUUGAAUUUAUUUUCUUCUUGAAUAUAUCGCGGAGUGUCUCGCUGUGUCAUGUAAGGAGACGGCGCACCUGCUACGGAGCGUCCACAACCAAACACCUCAUCGAACCCGAAGCUGGUUUAGCACAACAGGGACACGGAUAAUCCGAUUUUUAUUAAUAUAAUUUUUAAAAAAAGGAAAAAGUGACGUGUGGAAGGUUUUUUUUAAUUCGGGCUUCGACGCUAGCUAGCCUAGCUAGCAGUGUUUAAUUUUAGCUCGUCUCGCGCCUGCAAGUUAGCUAGCAAUUAGACUGCAUUUCAUAACAAUAAUAAUAAUAAUAGUAAUAUAUUGCCAUUAUUAAAACCUAAGAGGUCUAUGUCACCUUAAAAGCAAUCAUGUGGGUCAGUCCCGAAGAGGUGUUACUGGCUGGCGCUUUAUGGAUGACCGAGAGAGCGAAUCCUUAUUUCAUCCUCCAGAAGAGGAAGGGCCAUGGCGGCGGAGGUGGAGGACUAGCGGGUUUGCUGGUGGGAACCUUGGACGUGGUCCUGGAUUCAAGUGCCCGAAUGGCCCCUUUCAGGAUCCUCUACCAAACCCCGGACUCCCUCUCCUACUGGAUCAUCGCUCACGGAACAUCGCGUAAAGAGAUCACGGAGCACUGGGAGUGGCUGGAACACAACAUGCUGCAGACUCUCUCCAUCUUUGAGAAUGAGAACGACAUAACCACAUUUGUCAAAGGAAAAGUCCAGGGCAUCAUCGCAGAGUACAAUAAGAACCACGACGUCAAAGAGGACGACGACACGGACAAGUUCAAAGAGGCCAGCUCCAAGUUUCGCAAAUUGUUUGGCAUGCCGGAGGAGGAGAAACUGGUCAACUAUUACUCCUGCAGCUUCUGGAAGGGCAAGGUCCCACGGCAAGGGUGGCUGUACCUCAGCAUCAACCAUCUGUGCUUCUACUCCUACCUACUGGGCAAAGAAGUCAAACUGGUGGUGCGCUGGGCGGACAUCACGCAGCUAGAGAAGAGCGCCACCCUCCUGCUGCCCGACGGCAUCAAGGUCAGCACGCGCAGCCACGAGCACGUCUUCUCCGUCUUCCUCAACAUCAACGAGACCUUCAAGCUGGCCGAGCAGCUGGCCAACAUCGCCAUGCGUCAGCUCCUGGACAACAAGGGCUUCGAGGAGGACCGCUCACUGCCUAAACUCAAGAAAAAGUCACCCAAGAAGGUGUCGGCCCUCAAGAGGGACUUGGAUGCUAGAGCCAAGAGCGAGCGCUACAGGGCUCUCUUCCGUCUGCCCAAAGAUGAAAAACUGGACGGGCACACCGACUGCACCCUGUGGACCCCCUUUAACAAAAUGCACAUCCUGGGACAGAUGUUUGUCUCCACCAACUACAUCUGCUUCACCAGCAAGGAGGAGAUGCAGUGUAGCCUCAUCAUUCCACUCCGGGAGGUGACCAUCGUGGAGAAGGCGGACAGCUCCAACGUGCUGCCCAGCCCGGUCUCCAUCAGCACCAAGAAUCGCAUGACUUUCCUUUUCGCCAACCUGAAGGAUCGAGACUUCCUGGUGCAGAGGAUCUCCGACUUCCUCCAGCAGACCCCUUCCAAGAGCUGCCAGGAGCGGGAACUCACCGGCAGCCUCAACAGCUCCGAUGACGAGGUUUACUCCCAGCAUGGAUUGUUGCUCUCCAGCAGUCCGCAGCACAGUCUAGGUUCAGAGUGCGAGCGGACUUUCAACUUGAACGACAGCAGCGUGCCCACCGCUACCCAGGCCCUCAUGACCAUGUACCGCCGCCGCUCGCCAGAGGACUUCAAUCCUAAACUGGCUAAAGAGUUCCUGAAGGAGCAGGCCUGGAAGAACCAUUUUGCGGAGUACGGCCAGGGGGUGUGCAUGUACCGUACAGAGAAGACCAAAGAACUGGUCCUGAAAGGCAUCCCUGAAGGCAUGAGAGGGGAGCUCUGGCUGCUCUUCUCAGGAGCCGUCAACGAGAUGGCCACCCAUCCCGGCUAUUACGAAGACCUGGUGGAGAGGUCGAUGGGGAAAUACAACCUGGCGACAGAAGAAAUCGAGCGAGACCUUCACCGCUCUCUGCCAGAGCACCCUGCUUUCCAAAAUGAGAUCGGUAUCGCUGCCCUCCGCCGGGUGCUCACGGCCUACGCCUUCAGAAACCCCAACAUCGGAUAUUGUCAGGCCAUGAAUAUCGUGACAUCGGUGUUGCUGCUCUAUGCUAAAGAGGAGGAGGCCUUCUGGUUGUUGGUGGCGCUCUGUGAGAGGAUGCUUCCAGACUACUACAACACCAGGGUCGUAGGAGCUCUGGUUGAUCAAGGUGUGUUCGAGGAACUGGCCAGAGAGUACGUCCCCCAGCUGUACGACUGCAUGCAGGACCUUGGCGUCAUCUCCACCAUCUCGCUGUCCUGGUUCCUCACCCUCUUCCUGUCAGUCAUGCCAUUUGAGAGCGCCGUGGUGGUAGUGGACUGCUUCUUCUACGACGGCAUCAAGGUGAUCUUUCAGCUGGCGCUUUCCGUGCUGCAUGCCAACAUCCACCAGCUGCUCGGGUGCAAGGACGAUGGCGAGGCUAUGACGGUGCUGGGCAGGUACCUUGACAACGUGACCAAUAAGGACAGCACCUUGCCACCCAUCCUACAUCUACAUUCCUUGCUGACGGACAACGGAGAACCGCAUCCAGAGGUGGACAUCUUCAAACUGGUCCGCAGUUCUUAUGAGAAAUUUGGCUCCAUCCGCGCCGACGUCAUCGAGCAGAUGCGUUUCAAACAGAGGCUGAGGGUCAUCCAAACCAUUGAAGAUACAACGAAGCGCAACGUGGUCAGAACGAUUGUAACAGAGACUGCCUUCAGCAUGGAUGAGUUGGAGGAACUCUACAUCCUCUUCAAGGCGGAGCACCUGACUAGCUGCUACUGGGGAGGCAGCAGCAACCCGACGGAGCGUCACGACCCCAGCCUGCCCUACCUGGAGCAGUACCGCAUCGACAUGGAGCAGUUCAAGGGCCUGUUCAAUCUCCUGUUUCCCUGGGCCAACGGCAGCCACUCGGACCCCUUGGCUGUACGCUUCUUUCGCCUGCUGGACCAGAACGGGGACGCCUUCAUCAAUUUCCGGGAGUUCAUCAACGGACUCGGUGUUCUAUGUCACGGGGACCUCACGGAGAAGCUGAAGCUCCUCUACAAGAUGCACAUUUUACCUGAGAUGACGAAUGAACAGGAAGAGCCUGACUCCGCCUUCGAGGCCACUCAGUACUUCUUUGAGGACAUCACCCCGGAAACGUCAAUGGGCCAGGACGCCAAAAACCGAAAUGAGAAGGAUGACGGCUUUGUCAGGGUUACCUUUAAGACGGAAAAGGUGAAGAAAUUCAACAAUCCCGACUACCGCCACUACCUCAAACUGUGGAACCAGGAAACCAAGUCUAAAACGGAGCACACUAAAGAUCUUCCCAAGCUGAAUCAGAGCCAGUUCAUCGAGCUGUGCAAGACCCUGUACAGCAUGUUUAGCGAGGACGCGGCCGAGCAGGAGCUGUACCACGCCACCGCCACCGUCACCAGUCUGCUGCUGGAAAUGGGAGAAGUGGGCAAGCUCUUCUGCACUGCUCGCAGGGAUCAGGCUGAGGUAUGCAAAACCGACCCCUUUGUUUCGGAGCGCAAGCCGAGCCCCUGCGAGGAGGGGAGAGUUCCGGAAGGCUGCGAGCCGUCACCGCCCAUGCAGGACAUCAAACUGGAGGACUCGUCCCCCAAAGACAACGCCGCUUCGUCGUCCGCCAUGCUCAUUUCCGACGACGAGGCCAAAGACGACACAUCGGUGUCGUCAUACUCGGUGCUCAGUGCCGGGUCCCAUGACAUGGACGACAAGCUGCAGUGCGAAGACAUCGCGGAUGACACGGUGCUGGUGAGAAGCGACGGGAAGAACAAUGGCGGCGGUGACGGAGGACGAGCGCUGCCUCGCAGCACCAGCGUCGACAAAGACUGGGCUAUCACCUUUGAGCAGUUCUUGGCGUCCGUGCUCACCGAGCAGGCUCUGGUGCGCUACUUUGAGAAGCCCGUGGACGUGACCGCUCGCAUCGCAAACGCUAAGAACGUUCACAAAGUUGGGCGCCCCCUGCUGUCCACCAGUGACUAUGAAAUCUCUCUAUCCGGAUAGGCAACAUCUCACGAGGAUUCUUAUUUAUUAUGUCUCAGUGCGUUUUAGAUGCUAAUUUCACGUGGAAAAUAGUUGAACGAAUGUGAACACCAUCACAUAAUAUAUCAAUAUUUGUUGGCGUGAAGUCACAUGUGGUGUCGUCAACGGUGUAUUUACACUGCAAUGGCUUUAGUACGACAACAUCAACAAUACAACACGUCCCUAUGAAAGAAGGAAUAACUGAAUUUCAUGUGUAAACUAUACGCUGUUUUUCCACUGCACAGUACCGUCUCACCUCCGUUUUCCCUUUAUGCUACUAUAUUAUAUGCUACUAUAUGCUACUACUACUUAAACUCUCAUCGAGAAACUGCAAAAACAAAACACUGCAUUGAAGGCAUCAAGAUACUGAACACCAAGAGAAGCAGGCUCUCUUGUCACUAUAAGGAUUCUCUCUCUCUUAUCCGAGAGGAGACUGAGGAGCAGUGUCCUGUAUUUCUAUAAGGAGACAUAUUUAUUCUAGGAGUAGACUGAGGGGAACCAGGGUCCUCUAUUUACUUCUAAGGAGACUCUGUGCCGUGUUGUUAUCCAACUGGAGAAGAGGGCAGCAAGAAGACGAAUGUCAUCUAAAAAAAAAAAAAAACAGACAGCAGGUAACAAGAGAAUGAGGGUCUGCUGUAUUUACUUCUCAAAACAGACACAUUUUAUUCAAGUGGAGAUUGAGGGCAGGAAGAGAAGGAGGGACUGAUGGGCAACAGUACAGUAGGUCAUGAAGGAAACAUUUUAUCCAAAAUGAGACUGAGGCUUGGAUAAAAAUGUUAUCCAAGAGACCGCAGACAACAAGACAGUGUUUCCUUUAUUCAUUUCAAUGGAGACAUGAUUUAUCCAACAGGAGACUAAGGGCAGUAUAAGCAUUAUUAUCUGCUGUAUUUAGCCCCAAGGAGACACAUUUCAUCCAAGAGAAGACUGAGGGCAGCAAGAAAGCAAGGAUCUACUGUAUUUACCCCUUAGGAGACACAUUUUGUCCAAGAGGAGACUGAGGGCAGCAUAAAAAUGAUGAGCUGCUGUAUUUACCCCCAGGGGAAACACAUUUCAUCUAAGAGGAGACUGAGGGCAGUAAGAAAGCAAGGAUCUAAUGUAUUUACCUCUUAGGAGACACAUUUUAUCCAAGAGAAGACUGAGGGCAGCAAUAAAGCAGGGAUCUACUAUAUUUACCCCUUAGGAAACACAUUUCAUCCAAGAGGAGACUGAGGGCAGCAGGAAAGUAACGGUCUAAUGUAUUUACCUCUUAGGAGACAGGUUUUAUCCAAGAGGAGACUGAGGGCAGCAAGAAAGCAAAUUGUAUUUACACCUUAGGAGACACAUUUCAUCCAACAGGAGACUAAGGGCAGCAUAAGAGUUAUGAUCUGCUGUAUUUACCUCUUAGGGGGCACAUUUUGUCCAAGAGGAGACUGGGGGCAGCAAGAAAGUUAAGGAUCUACUGUAUUUAGCUCUUAAAGGACACAUUUUAUCCAAGAGGAGACUGAGGGCAGCAAGAAAGCAAAUUGUAUUUACACCUGAGGAGACACAUUUCAUCUAACAGGAGACUAAGGGCAGCAUAAGAGUUAUGAUCUGCUGUAUUUACCUCUUAGGGGGCACAUUUUGUCCAAGAGGAGACUGGGGGCAGCAAGAAAGUUAAGGAUCUACUGUAUUUAGCUCUUAAAGGACACAUUUUAUCCAAGAGGAGACUGAGGGCAGCAAUCUAGCAGUGCAGCGCUGCAGCAAAGUGGACUGUCUACUAAAAACAGUACCUCAUUCUACCUUUUUUUGCAGGUGAAAGCGUGUAUAUCUGUGGCAAGUGCGUAGGGCUUCACUCGGACACAUUCUAUUGGUCGAUUCCUGACGGUGGCUUCCUGUGUAACGACUUUCCGUAAUAAUAAUAAUAAUAAUAAUAAUAAUGUAGUUAUAUGUAUAAUCAGAUGAUAUCAUGUUGAUCAUGUUUUGUAAAGAAGAUCUGAAUGUUAACUAUAUACGACGACAAUGACACUACUUUCACUUUGUCAGUACACACUUUGUGUACUUUAUAUUUUAUUUUCUUGCCUCAUCCUUUUUGUACUUUUUGUGUUUUUAAGCUGCAACAGUUGAUGCACUGAGUAUCAUUCAUCACAUUAAAACACAGCCACACAGAA